GUACUGGGAGCGACAAGAACCCACCUCCCCCGCCAAGGGCUCAGAGUCGACUGAGAGCCGGUCCGCCACCUCCCACUGAUCCUCUCCGCAGCCCGGUACCGACAGUCCCCCGCCUCGCGCCAGCCCACCCACCCAAGACAGAACUUCGUCAGGGAUUUUUCCGCUGAAUGUCUUUCCAUGUGAGCCAUCUGGAAGUCAACAGCGCCGUGGAUGCGCUAAAGGGAACCUCGGCCAUCAGAUAGAUGCGAUAACCAGUCACAACGUUGAUGGAUCUAAGAGGUGAGCAUCAGCCGUGAAAGUUGGAUAGCGCCAAAAAGUGACGUCACAUGCGGGAGCACGUGUGUGGAGACGUCCAGCGAACAGGUGAACAGUGAAGCUCGCGCGUCCAUCGAGUUCACACUGCUGAGUAUCCGAGAGGCGAGACCUGCCACAGAGCAAGACGUGGUGUGACCGGUGGUUUUCCUGCAGUAGCUGUCUCAUGGACCAGCUACCCGCGUGAAAUUCCCGUCAGUAGUUGGUGGUUGCAUGUUGCUUCCUGACUCGAGUGACACCCACCUUCACGAGUGACCUGAACUACCCGUGACCCUCGUCAUGACCGUGUGGAUCUUCUGAAUCACUUGCCUGGUCUUCACCCACCCGUCACACAUUCACACCUCGAUGCAGAACAGGCGGUAAUCCCGAAGCUGUACAGACUUCAAGCGGCUGUAAGUAGUUAUCACUGCCACACCCGUCAGAAUGAUCGGCACCAGCGGUCAGCAGGCAGGGCGUUCUGAGAGGCAGCUUUCCUGGCCGUCAUUAGACGGAAGCAACAACAGCAACAGCAACAACAUAAACAACAAGAACAGCAGCAGCAGCAGCAACUCGGAGGAGAAGUAUGGCCUGCGACCCAGAACCAUCAUCAAGCGUCUGCAGCAGGACCGGGGCCACCAACAGGUGCCCAAGGGACCCAAAGGCCUGGCGCGUCCCAAGUCGAGGCCGGCACCACUCUCCAAGUACCGCAGGAAGACAGCCAACGCCCGGGAGAGGCAUCGAAUGCGAGAGAUCAACAACGCCUUUGAGUCACUGCGGCGCGUGCUGCCGGACAAGCUUGAGAUGGAGGCUGCCUCGUCCAACAUGACUAAGAUCACCACGCUGCGCCUCGCUGCUAACUACAUCAGGGCCCUGAACGACGUGCUGCAGGAGGAGGGUGGCGAGGCGCUCUGCUCCCUGCAAUGCAGCGCGCAGAGCCCUCUCCUGCGAGUGGCGCCAGCCCCGUCCCACCACCACCUGCUGGACUACUACUCCCCCGCCACCCACAUGGCCGCCUCUGCCUCGCGAGGCUCACUCAGCACCAGUAGCUGCAGUGACUUGGAGGACCUCCUUUCCGACGACUCCUGCAGUCUCCUCGACGACAACUUCGACGUGUUUCACGACAUCCCGACCCUGCCUGGCGGUGACCCGCUCGACCUGCUGCUGGAGGCAGAAAAAGGCCUGCUGCCGCUGCCCCAGGAGCUCUGUAAUUGACGCCAUCGCUCACUCCUCAAGUGUGUAAUUAGUCCGGUGACAAACGGCCCGACCGGCAAGAAACUGGUCCUUUUUUUUUUAAUUGCUGACUCGUAGAAGCGAUUUAUAUUAGACAGAAAAUUGUCUCUUAUUAGUGAACGUAUAAAUUGAAGAACAAGUGUCCCUCGCUUAUUACCUGUCUAGAAGCUGCAGCAGGCAGUACGAAAACCAGGUCGUGGCAGCCACCGGGAGGCGCGUGCCUGGGGGUGGCGGGGGUGGUGGAGGGGGCGGGGUGCUGUGGAGGUGCAGGAGGGAGGAGCGAGUGUUGACGGGAGGUGGUUCGUGGUCCUAGUCACGUGGUGCCGCCGCCGCCACCUCCGCCGCCCUCCCGCCGCGUCACAAAAUCCAUAACUCGCUGCGGAACAAAUCGCCUCGCGUGUUGAGCUGAGCGAGACUCCUCUUAUUUCUGAGGUGCAUUUUAGGAUUUUAAGGUUACGAAUAUAUAUACUAUUUGAUGCUAGUCCUGUGUGCCAUAACUGACAGUGUUGGUACAGGCUGUGGUGGCGGGCAGCAGCGGGCGGCGUGUGCUGCAACACUGCCCGCCGCCAAAACUGCCUUGAGGUUGUUGUUACUGAUGUUGCUGCUGGGAGUGUCUGUGUGUGUGUGUGUGUGUGUGUGUGUGUGUGUGUGUGUGUGUGUGUGUGUGUGUGUGUGAUACGCUCCAAUACGCAGCCCUUGGUUGUAG